AUGGAUUUCUCCCGCCUGCAGGCUAUUAUAUCCGAAUUCAACUCUACAAACAACAAUGCAACCAGCACGAGCGUGCCCUCAACAGUCCUAGAGAUGUUUGUUCCAGGCUACAGCACAAUCGCUCAGCUAACAUUCCGGUACCUAGGUUUUGACAUCGGCGUCUUUGUCACGGGAUGGCUUGUCCUCUUCGGCCUGUACCACGGAGCCAUCUUUACUUACGGCCUAGCUUACGGUUAUUUCAGUGUCUACUACACAUCGUCUGUCGUCAUUGAUGAAUCCGAUAUCAUGUACGAUCACAUCAUGAGCUGGAUAGCGGUGCAACCCAUGACCACAUCUAGUAGACGUCUGACUGCAGCUACCCGCUACGUUCGCGGACUCGAAGACGCAGAUGAUAGUGACGACGGGUUGGACGAAUAUGGAAUUUUCAAUAACGUGAAGUGGGCGGGCAACAUACCACCAGUAUAUCAGCCCAGUUUCGGUGACUACAACUUUUAUCACCAGGGUCGAUGGUUUAGUUUUGCGCGUGUCAAGAAGGAGCAGACCGGGGGACGGAGAGACAGUUACGAUGAGCAGAUUGUACUGUGUUGCAAGGGGAGGGGAACUGAGCCUAUUAAACAACUGCUUAUCUACGUCAAAAGGUGGAGUCUUAACAAGGCAAGUACAACUACAUCGAUUUAUCAAGCUCCAAAUCAAAACGGUCGUGGGGAGCGGUACUGGAGACGUCAGUCUAGACGCUCGUCACGGCCACUUAGCACGGUAGCUCUAGACCAGCAACAGAAAGGCAGGGUCGUCGCAGAUAUCAACGAGUAUCUCAACCCUGCCACGGCGCGUUGGUAUGCCGCACGUGGUAUCCCUCAUCGCCGUGGCUAUCUCUUCCAUGGGCCACCAGGAACGGGGAAAACAUCGCUUUCUUUUGCUCUAGCUGGCAUAUUCGGUCUAGAUAUGUACUGCCUCUCUCUUAACGACGGAAUCACCGAGUCCGAGCUGAGUUCCUUACUCAACCAACUUCCUCGUCGAUGUUUCCUUCUCCUUGAGGACAUCGACGCUGCGGGUAUUCGGCGUGAUGGUCUUGCGUCUCCCAUUCUAGCCACCGAUGAUGCUACAGUUGUUCUUGAGGCACACCAGAUUGGAACACAGGACAAGCCAGAUAGUACACCAUCGAGAGCUCUUAGUAUUCUUGCGUGGCCUCUGAUACUAGUUCAGUUGCCCUUCAGUCUCUUCAGCGGGUUUGCGAAGCAGGAGGAGCCAGUAAAAGAUCCCGCACUUCCAGAAGCAGCGGGUAAGCCAGUUUCAACAGAAGUCUUAAGAGGAGGUUCGGGCUCCAUUAGUCUAAGUGGACUCCUCAAUGUCAUCGAUGGUGCCGCUUCCCACGAGGGUCAUGUGCUCAUCAUGACUACCAAUACACCAGACAAGCUGGAUGACGCUUUAACCCGACCGGGUCGCGUUGAUCUCCAGAUCGGCUUCACGCUCGCCACGCGCGAUCAGAUCCGCGACAUGUACAUGCGCAUGUUCAGCACCGACACCGCCAUAUCUGAGAUUACCCCUGAGACCGAAGUCGCUAUGGAUAAUGGGAUACCCGCAAAUGCAGUCGAAACCCACGAAUUCCUCGGUAUCUGCCUGCCCAAGAAAUCCGUUGCCGCCACCCUCGAGCUGGACAAGCUCGGGGAGAUGGCACAGCGUUUUUCUGAUGCCUUACCCGAGAAGAUCUUCUCGCCUGCGGAGGUCCAAGGCUAUUUGUUGAUGCACAAGAUGGAGCCAAAGAAGGCGAUAGAGGAAGUGAGCAAGUGGAAAGAUGAGAUGCUUGAGGCGAAGAAGAAAGGAAACAAGCUUGUAUUUACUUGA